AUGCCGCCAACGCCCCUUCCCAUAUUUGUCGACGUCGUCAGCCUCGCGGAAAAGGGCUCUGCAUCGUAUAAAAACGUAAAGAAAGGUCGUCUUUCAAAUGAGACCACCAAAUUACUCAAUGAAGUACGCACCAGGAUAUUGCCUGAUGGGCAACAGCGAAAUUCUGCCGAUGCCAUCGCCGCGUUGAAAACAGCGCAGAACACGGAAAUGUGGUGUGAGGCAGCAGUCGCACACAGGCGGGCUGCUGAUGCUGUGGCACAGACGGCGGCAAUUGUUGCACGCGAGACUAACGGAGUUUACACUGCAUCCAUGUUGGCACUUGUAGCACAACUACAGAAUAUCACAGGAGAGUUAAGGAACAUCAGAGAUCAGUUAAAGAUCGCGAACGGUAUACGAACUCAAGGCGCCGCUGGUCCACAUGGAUUCGCCUGA